GAGGUGAAAGAGAGGGAGAGGAGGAGGAGGAGGGGGGAGAGGGGGUGAGAGAGGAGGUGACUCUCCGGCAGCAUUUAGACACAACGAAAGGAUCAUGGCGGAUGGCCCCAGGUGUAAGCGCAGAAAGCAGGCGAACCCGAGGAGGAACAACGUGACCAACUACAAUAAUGUGGUGGAGGCCGGCUCAGACUCAGAUGACGAGGACAAGCUGCACAUUGUGGAGGAGGAAGGUAGCCUGGCGGAUGGGGCCGACUGCGACAGCACCCUGCCAGACGACGAGCACCCCAGGGAGCGCUGCUGGGACGGAGUGAAGGAGGAUUGUGUGUCUGACGGCGAGGAUGACGUGAGCACGGACGCCCUCAUGGAGGAGAUGCUCCAGCAAGGGGACACGGCCGUCAUCUACCCAGAAGCCCCCGAGGAUGAGCCUCAACGUCAGGGCACCCCUGACACCGGUGUCCAUGAUGAGAAUGGAACUCCUGAUUCUUUCUCUCAGCUGCUCACCUGCCCGUACUGUGCACGUGGCUACAAGCGUUACAGCUCCCUGAAGGAGCACAUCAAGUACCGGCACGAGAAGACCGAAGAGAGCUUCAGCUGCCCUGAGUGCAGCUACAGCUUCGCGUACCGUGCUCAACUGGAGAGGCAUAUGACGGUCCACAAGGGCGGACGGGAUCAGAGACACAUCACACAGUCGGGAGGCAAUCGUAAAUUCAAGUGCACUGAAUGUGGCAAAGCAUUUAAAUACAAGCACCAUCUGAAGGAGCACCUACGCAUCCACAGCGGAGAGAAACCCUAUGAGUGCUCCAACUGCAAGAAGCUCUCCCACUCAGGCUCAUACAGCUCCCACAUCAGCAGUAAGAAGUGCAUCAGUGUCAUCUCAGUUAACGGCAGAGCACGCUUGGGGAACGCCAAAACCCAGGCCCAGGGUCCAUCACCAGUGCUGCCCACGCCGCCCUCAGUCCUCCGCACCCAGAUUAGAGAGAAGCUGGAGCACAGCAAGCCCCUGCAGGAGCAGCUGCCAUUCAACCAGAUCAAGACUGAGCCUGUGGACUACGAGUACAAGCCGACGGUGAUAACAUCCCCAGCUGUGACCACCAUGAAUGGUGGGAUUUUCAAUGGAGGUGCUGCAGCUCCUCUGCAGGGCACAGUGCAGGCUGUGGUCCUGCCUACCGUGGGGCUGGUGUCGCCCAUUAGCAUCAACCUGGCAGACCUGCAGAACGCUCUCAAAGUGGCGGUGGAUGGUAACGUCAUUCGCCAGGUGCUGGAAAGCAAUGCCAAAGGCCAGGGACAGGUGAACUCGGGGUUAACCACUGGAACUCUCCAUGCCCCUCAGCAGCAACUCAUCUCAGCUAUCAGUUUGCCUAUUGUGGGUCAGGAUGGAAAUGCAAAAAUCAUUAUAAACUACAGUUUGGACCCCAACCAGGGCCAGCUCACAGCCCAAAACCUGAAGAAAGAGCCUAAGCCAAGUUCACCAGCUCAGACCACCACUGACACCUUCAAGUCCCAGAAACUCCCAGAAGAUCUUACCAUCAGAGGCACCAGGCCCAAUGAGACUAAAGAAAAAGAGGAAAAGACCACUAAAACCUGUCUCCUGUGUGAUAACUGUCCUGGUGGGCUGGAAGCACUCCAUGCCCUCAAGCACUGCAAGAAGGAUGGUCUCAGGCUGAACGGAGCAGGCCUGGAUAAGUCUGAGUCUGCUGUCGCUGCCCUGCUGUCAGAAGGAGGACUCUGCAGCCAGCCCAAGAACCUCUUGUCCCUGCUCAAGGCCUACUUUGCCUUAAAUGCAGAACCCACCAAGGAUGAGCUAGCCAAGAUCUCUGACUCAGUCAGCCUGCCAAUCCAUGUGGUUAAGAAGUGGUUUGACAAAAUGCAGGAGGGUCAGAUAUCACUUGGAGCCCCAACACCUCCCUCAGAGGAAGAGGACACCUGUGAGGCUAACAGUGUGGUGUCUCUGGUCCCAGGGAAGGACAUGGCCAAUAUGAGCCCUUCUGUGACCCAGGAUAGCCCUACAGAAGCCACCCCAGCUGAGGUCAACAGCACUCACAGCUCACCGGCCUCCCCCUCACCACUAAACCUGACAGCCGGCGGUCCCGUCCCAGCCCAGCCUUCCCAGAGCACUGAGGGACCCCUAGACCUGUCGCUGCCAAAGCCAGCCAGAGAGGAAGUGGAGAGAGUGGUGGCUAAAGCCCGCAUUUACCCCUCCCCUUCCUCUGGCUCUACCAAUGUGGAUGAACCCCUAAACUUAACUUGCACAAAGAAAGAGACAUCGCCACUCUCAGCCAUGGGCACCAGCCCCAUCGCACUGUACGCCAGCCAGCCAAGUGCCAAACCCCUCGACAUUGUGACCACAAUGCAAUGCCUAAGGGCACUAGCCACUAACAACAAACAGACUAUCCUGAUCCCCCAGCUGGCUUACACCUAUACCACUACAGCAAACAGCCCUGCAGGGACGGAGACGCAGGAAACCAUCCACCUCAACGGAGUGAAGGAGGAGAAGCAGGACACGGGCUCAGAGGGCGUGUCCACUAUGGAGGAGCAGAAUGACUCCGACUCGGGCCCUCAGAGGAAGAAGAUGAAGAAGACGGACAGCGGCAUGUACGCCUGCGACCUGUGCGACAAGAUCUUCCAGAAGAGCAGCUCGCUGCUGAGACACAAAUACGAACACACAGGGAAGCGACCUCACGAGUGCGGCAUCUGCAGCAAGGCCUUCAAACACAAACACCACUUGAUCGAGCACAUGCGGCUCCACUCGGGGGAGAAGCCGUACCAGUGCGACAAGUGCGGCAAGCGCUUCUCCCACUCAGGCUCCUACUCGCAGCACAUGAACCACCGCUACUCCUACUGCAAGAAAGAGACGCAGAGCCAGGGCGGAGGCCGGGAGAGCCCCGAAGAGGACACUGAGGCCCAGGCCGAGAUGGAGGCCCUGAGCCGGGUGCAAAUGCGGCACCUGGCCCCCUCCCUGCUGGACUCGGACGAGCGAGGGAGCAGCACCAGAGAGGAUGAGGAGAGCGAGGAGGAGGAGGAGGAGGAGGAGGAAAGUGCUGUGGACAUGGAUGACAUCCAGGUGGUGCAGAUAGGUGAUGAAGGAGGGGAUGAGGAGGAAGAGGAGGAGGCAGAGAGGAAUGAGGAGGAGAUUGAGAGGGUAUUGGUGGAGGGAGGAGGAGAGGAGGUGAAGACGGAGAUGGAGGUGAGAGAGGAAGAAGAGGAGGCUGACACAAGGCAGGAGGAGGUGCUCGGGAGCAUUCAGGAAGAGGAGGAAGUCCAGAUGGAAGAAGAGGAGGCGAUGGAUAUGGAAGAAGGGGUGACGGAAGAGGGGGAAGCAGAGGGGGAAGUCACAGAGGAGAGCGGAGGCGAAACAAACAGGAACACGGUUUCUGAAGACCAGAGCCAAACGCCGCAGGAUAAAGGAGAUAUUGACUAAAAGAGGAAUCAGACUCCUCCACGUGACACAAUCAGAUUCCUCCUCUCGCCGCACAGAGGAGGAACGCAGGAGAUGAUGUCUGGUCGCUCUGACAGUUCGUUUCAGUUCACUACUGUGUAGAAAUCCAGGUGUGCCUGAAAAAAUACUAGUGACUUUUCCACAGGAGAACAAUUUCUCACUGUUAGAAAAAUCCAUUUGUAAAGAAAAUGAUGAAGACGAACACAAAUUUUAACAAACGAAGGAAAUGCAUUAUACAGACUUUGGAAGCUAGAGCCGACACGUUUUAGAUAAUGUUUUAUUACUAAAACACCGUGGGUCAUUUCUUUUUAUCAGUGUUACUAAUUUUAUCACUCAUAUUUUAACCUUUAAAAGCUGUACAGUUGGGAGAUAUUUCUAUACCUUUUUAUUGCCAAUGAACAAAAAAAAGUCAGUAUUUUAUUAAGUUGGAAGGAAAAUAAGAAAAAUCCUGUGCACUACAAGUGGCUUGGUUUACCUAUUGAGCAGUUGAGUUGUGUUGUCUACCCUUCAGUAUUACCGCACUAGAUAUACCACGCCAUCACGCUUGCAGAUGUGAGCAUAACAUGUCUUUUGAUGUUAUUUUGAUUGGCUUGUGAGCCUUAAGAAGAAAAACAGUGGAGAGAGGACACGUUUUUUCGGUCAUUUAGUUCCUUUUAGACACAAGUUUCUUUACCAAUCAGUGUUUUACAGGAAUAGUUUGACACUUUGGGAAGUAUCGUUAUACCCCUUCUUAGUGAGAGUUGGAUGAGAGGGUCGAUACCUUAUAGCCAGCAGCCACCAGAACAGUGGGGAAACUGCUAGCUAAAGCUAAAUCUUAUGGAAUCCCAUUUCUGCCAAUGUGACAAAAAAGGAUUCUGUUAAUCAUUAUAAUGAGAAACUUUGUCAAUAUUUUGACUUAGUAUCUUAAAAUAAUGACUUUGUAUCAGCAAAGUCAUUACUUCUGUAAAAUCUAAAGCUGCUAAAGCUAACAUUUAGAUAGAUAUUGCUUAUCUACUGCUCCACACUCCAGUCCAGUAGGUGGCGGUAAUGCAUGCCGGACUGUUUCUAACUUCCAGACAGAGCCAGGCUAGCCGUUUUCCCACUUAUAAUUGCUAAGCUAAGCUAACCAUCUUGUGGCUGUAGCUUCAUAUAUACCGGACAGAUACAAGUUUGGUGUAUUUUUGGUGUCCCAAAAUGUGGAACUAUUGCUUUAAAUGUUCAGAGCGAGCAGAAAAGGGGAUGUAGAAAACUGUCUGACCUUCCCUAUACUCACCCCCCCACUCCGAGCCAUAUGCAAAAAAUCUAACUAAAACAAGAGAAACAUGCAUAUCAAAAGUGCCAUUGAAUAUUGCUGUUGCAGUUUAGCAGCUAUGAUCAGGUAUUGCCGGGUCCCAGAUCAACCAAUAAGCCGGAAUACUGUUGACUUUGGCUCGCCACCACACCUGAGAGAGUUUAGCCUACCACCUAUUCAUGUAUCAUAGACUAUAGAUAAGUUGCUUUUCUUUCCAAUCUGAGCGGCUAAAAGAAUUACAAUGCACAUGUUUUCUAAUGGAUGAUGAUGAAGUAUGGUUUCUAAUUGUUAACUGUGUCCUGCCUUUUCAAAGCUUAUUCAGUGCACUUCUUUAACACACCAUGAAACGCUCAGAUGUCUCUUCAGGUAACAAAAUGUAGGCAAAUAUGAAUCCCAGGAGUUUAAUUCAACAAUGUUUUUACCUGUCAGUAUUAUUUUUUUGUCUCUUAUGUUGUUGUACGUUCUGUUUCAGUGUGUGUACUGUAUGUUUUUAAGCAAUGGCAGUAUUAUCCCCACCCCCAAGGAGAUGGGUAUGUCUGUUUAGUCAUAGAGAACUUUUAUAUUUAUGUGUCUUAUUUUUUAUAUUUCUUUAUGGUUAUUUAUUACACUAUGUAGUGUACAAUACUGUAGUUUGUAUUAAUACGAUAAUAUAUUUUAGUAUGGAAAAAAAAGAUUCAAAGGCAAAUAACUACAAGCCUGGAAAAAUGAGACUCCAGCAUACUGAAGUAUGUUUUUCGAACAAACAAAAUGAUGUUUUUCGUUGGGAAAAAAAGAAACUCGCACCCUGCAAGCCUGAAAAUUGGAACCUGUGACCUCUCUGCAUCCAUUCUCAUGUUAGUUUAGUUUUCUUUCCCCUCUCUAAUAUGAAGCUACUGAACUUUUGAAAACUAAUAGUAUGUCUAAUAGCAUGAGUGUGUGCUGUUUUAUUGAAGGAUUAUCCUUAACCACACAAACUGUCCUUUUUGCCAAGCCAAAAUAAUAUUGACGUAUGUUCUUAUGUUUUUAUUUGUGCCAAUUUGUUACUUUAUAUGUCAGUGUCAAGACCACACCCACUUUUAUAUGCCCCUCCCCCUUUAACACCCUCAUCUUUUUUUAUAGUGAUUGUUUUUUGUUUGUUUUCUCUUUUUUUGUUCAUUUUUUAUGACUCCCCAUCUCACAAUAAAAUUCAUCAAUUACAA